UUGAGCAUAUAUAAACGCUCGGCAAUUUCCAUCUUCAAAGCACUAUACCAAUCCAAGCUUAUUGUCUCAGACACUGAUACCGGCAAUUCAAUAUACUCCUUACUCAAUUCGAUCCCAGACAACCCAACAUGCCUCAAUACAGCAACGGCCAGGCUAUCCGCUACAAGCCCGUCGGCGGCCCCAACUCCAACACUUCGGAGAGCGUCGGCACGAUUAAGUCCGUCUUGACCGAGCCCGGAAUGCAGGCAGACCGCAACGUCGAUGCCAGCGAGGAGAACCCCCGCUAUGAGGUCGAGAACCAGAACACGGGCAAGCUGACCAGCAUCUACGAGAAGAACAUCUUGGGCAGUGCGUGAGAUGAUGAUGUCGAUGUAUGACGUGGGAUAUGAGGCAAUGUUAUGAUGCGAUAGGAUAAGAUAAUGCAGAGUACUAAUAAUCUGGUAUCUUUUGAUUGCGGUGGUCAGUGAGAAUAACCGGUCUGCUGGCCAAUCUUCUGUGAGAUUAUGCCUUGUUGGGCAACUGAAAUCUCCUGUUAGGUAAGCCUUGGAGUCUGGAAUUACAUGGAAGCGGGUUACCACCACACAGCCAGAGCUGCCUACCUGUGCUUUCUAUCAAGGCAUUCACCAACGCAUUCCUGUACAAGUAUCAACAUGUCAUGUGAUUUCCCUUUUAUCAUUGGACACACAAGGUAG